UCCUGGGGUGAUGGAGUCACCGCCUUCGUUCUCAACAAAUUCUGAAGCACCUCCUCUAAGUGAAGACAGUGGUCUACUGAUUACAAGUGGUUCUUUUUCAAGUGAUUCUGCUAGUGGAUGGCAUCACGUAGCAUCUGAAUUACAAGAAAGUGAUUUCGAUGAGAGGUCACUAUCAUUGUGUGAAUCAACAGAAACAUCUGAACGUAUGUGCGGUGACUUUUUCAACACAGUGAAAAAAGGCCCAGUAAAAGUUAUUGUGACUACUAUUGAACCACCCCCAGAAUUUCAAGAUAAUCCUGCUCCUGUUAGCAGUGACAAUCUUACGGCUGUGUAUGUGCCUCCAACUAUAAUUUAUACCAAUGCUACAACAACAAAAUCCCCAAGCUUGGAUGUUCCGAUGUCUACUAAGCAUAUAUCACCUAUGUAUUCCAGAAAAUUAAAGCCGGAACCACUGUAUGAGCGCCGGCAGUGUUUGAAUCAUAGGUUUGCAAGUCCUAGGCUACUGCAUUUAAGCCCUUGUCGAACAAAUAGACCUUCGUCACGAAAUUCUCUAUCAUCUCGUUUAUCCAGUAGCCAUAACUCACUCGUCACCCAGUUCCAAGCAGAUGACUCGAGCUUUAUAACACAAGCUAUAUCACAUGAUACUUUAUCAGCAAAAACGUCCGACAUAACUGAUAUGUACAAUGUCCCCUUCGAUAGUGAUAUUUAUGCGGUACCAAUAGACAUGGUCCGUCCUAGUCAUGCCAAUGCGAGAAGUAAAGGAAAAAAGAUUCCUAGGAAUAAUAAGAAACGUGGUAAAAGCACUCCACAAAGUAUAGGCAUGAGCCAUUUACCACUUGAGAGAAAUCAUAAGCCUAAAGAAUUUAUUAGACAUAGAGAUAUUAAAACUAAAAGGCACAGCCUGCCCAGUUCUACGUGUAAGAAAAGUACAACUGAUUCCGAUACCGAUUCAUUGCAUUUGACUUUACGGGAAAUGAGAAAAUAUUUACACACAUUAUAUUCUAGUUCAAGUGAUUCUGAAUGUAGGAAUACUAUAAAUAAGAAAAAUAAUACCAUUAUAACAAAUGUGGGUAUUCAUUCUAGACAUUCGUCAAAAGAUACCGCCACCGCAGUUUUUCUAAAAGAGAGCAAUGAAAUACCUAAAGCGGUAGAAACAAACAAUAAUCAUAAAAAGACAAAUAAAAAUUCUUUUGGAAUGAAUGCUAAAAAUAAAAAACAUAAAGAGAACGUCCCUAAGGAUAUUAUAGAAGUAGAUAAAAACGACAAGUCGUUAAAGAAAGUUUCACCAAAUCCAAAUCAAAAAGUGAAAAUGUCUCCUGUCAGAAUUUUGUCAAUUAAUCUAAAACAAAGUUUCUGUAAUUUGUUUCGUUGGCGACGUCAAACUGUGAUUGAUAAUAGUACAGAAAUAGAGAAGGUCAACAAAGAGAACGGCAACAAGGAGAGUUCACCACCGGCGGCUGUGAGACGCGCGUUGCCACCUCUACCACAAACACCACAGACCUCCCGACGCACCACCAAUGAGGAGGAUACUGUGAUGGACUUUGCUACUUCAAUCCAGAAAGUUAAAGAUUAUGGCUGGUAUUGGGGCCCCAUCUCCGUGGAGACAGCUGAGAAAAUACUGUCUAAUGAGCCAGACGGUUCUUUUAUCGUACGAGACAGUAGUGAUGACCACUAUAUAUUCACAUUAACAUUUAAAUUAAAUGGACUUAGACAUGUUAGAAUAGAACAUGAUCAGGGUAAUUUUUGCUUCGGAGGUUGCACUAUGUUUAAAGCUCAAACAAUUGUGGAAUUCAUAGAGAAUGCUGUGGAGACAUCUCGAAGUGGCCGAUAUUUAUUCUUUCUUAACUUGAGGCCUGUAUUAGGCCCUGUUAGAGUACAGCUACUGUAUCCAGUAUCUAGAUUUAAACGCGUCCAAAGCCUUCAGCAUAUGUGCAGAUUUGUGAUAUUAAAAUAUGUACGUCGUGAUCUUGUUAGCGACCUCCCUCUGCCGCGACGCCUUGUCGACUAUUUGAGUGCUACGCACUACUACUCAGAGCUUCUGUCAGAGAUAUAGACAUGUUCUACAUAUCAAGAAUGUUCGUUUUAAUAAGUGUUGGAAAUUGUAAGGUCCUGCUCUAAUUUACAGGAAUUGACUUAAUUCUGCGUCUGAUGUAAAAGAAGGAUACGGAGUAUACUUUCUCUGUGGAGAAUUAAUAUUCGAAGCACUAAUGAAGACAUAUAAGUACAAAUACAAUUCUUGCCAAUGUAGCUUAAAGAUUAAUAUAUGGUAAUACACCAGUGGCUUUUAUACGUUUUCAAGAAUAAAUAUCUCUAUUUUGUUGUCUAAUGUAGCUUUACAUAAGUAAUAUUACUGAAUUAUAGUUAUAUUGUGGUGCCAGUCGUGAUUGUGUAAAUCUCAGAUAGUGUUUGUAAGUUACAUCGACUAGUAUUUUUUCAUUGGUGGAUUCAGUCAUCCUUCCCAAUAGAAUUAUCAAGGAAUUUAAACAGUUAAUGUAUAAAUAAAAUUAUCAUAUAAUACUCACUAAAUGGAAAUAAUAAAACAUCCGUGCCUAUUUUUUUUACCACAUUUUCAAUGUUUAAACAGGUAUAUAAAAUUAAAGAUUUUUGAUUCAGUCUCUAAAUCCUCUAUGGUCGUCUUAGUGGCCUAGUUGUUUAUUCUGUAAUUAAGUUCUAUUGGAAAGGAAUUUACUUUCCAAUUAUAAAAUUCAUUGAUGAAAUUUACUGUACUUGCUGGAUUUAAUGUACAGCACAUUUGUAACGUUAUAUCUCUAUAAGGUUAAUAUAAAACGACAACAAUAUAAUUUAAAAUGUGAAUAUAAUAUGUACUUAUUACGUACCACAGUACAAUCAGCAUACUAUGAGCAUCUAUUACAUUUUCUGCUAUUUAGCCGUUGUCCUUAAAAUUAUACUAUAUCAACUAUAAUUAAAUAUGGACUCAAGAAAAUGGCGGACAGCUGUCAUACGAAAAAGCAAUUGAUGCUAUAUAGAACAAAUGUGGUGUAUGAUUUUUGCAGCUUAAAUGGUAACUUAUGAACACUAUUAUAGGUACUCUUGUGUCUUACAGUAUCAUUAUAGUAAAUAAAGUAUAAUUGGCAGUGUUGCAGUGUGUGUAUAAUAUAUUAUAUAAUAAAAAUACAAAAUUGACUGUGAAUUUUAUAUAUAUUAUAAUAUAGUGUUUAUCUCAGGGUAGCGAUUAUAGUAAAGAUGUCAUUCGUUCGUCCUUUAUAUAAUAUUUAAAUGUUGGACUGUAAAAUAUGUGAUGUUGAUUUCUCCUUUGGAGAUUCUCCAAUUAAAGAACGCUAGAAAUUGUAUAUUAUAAUCAGUAACAAUAUGACUACUUUUGUUAUGACAUAAAAAUUCAAUAUUUGCAAUUGCUAGUAAUCCUAAAUAACUUAGAAUACCAAUCUCAUUUAUAAUAAUAAUAUAUA